AUGUUGGGGGCCAUGUUUAGGGCUGGUACCCCCAUGACCCCCAACCUCAAUCCCCAGGGAGGUGGCCACUACUUCAUCGAUCGAGAUGGCAAGGCCUUCCGGCACAUCCUCAAUUUCCUCCGGCUGGGCCGCCUAGACCUGCCCCUUGGAUAUGGGGAGACAGCACUUCUGAGGGCAGAGGCUGACUUUUACCAGAUCCGACCCCUCCUGGAUGCCCUGCGGGAACUGGAGGCCUCUCGGGGGACCCCGGCUCCCACAGCUGCCCUGCUCCACGCAGACGUAGAUAGCAGCCCCCGCCUGGUGCACUUCUCUGCUCGUCGAGGCCCACACCACUAUGAGCUGAGUUCUGUCCAGGUGGACACCUUCCGGGCCAAUCUCUUCUGCACCGAUCCUGAAUGUCUGGGUGCCCUGCGGGCCCGAUUUGGUGUGACCAAUGAGGACAGGGCAGAGGGAGGACCACACUUCCAUCUGGAAUGGGCCCCCCGCCCCACAGAACUCCCUGAAGUGGAGUACCGCAGACUAGGGCUGCAGCCACUGUGGACCGGGGCACCAGGAGAGCCACGGGAGGUGGUGGGCACACCCAGCUUCCUGGAGGAGGUGCUGCGGGUGGCUCUGGAACACGGCUUCCGUCUCGACUCUGUCUUCCCUGACCCUGAAGACCUGCUCAACUCCCGAUCUCUACGCUUUGUUCGGCACUAG